AUGGCAGCGCAGCUUAGCGCACCAGAGCAGGCUGCAGCCAGCAAGAGCCAUGGAGGCCUUGGGGGCAGCUACGAGGUGACUGUGUAUGAGCUGGAGAACUUCCAGGGCAAGCGGUGUGAGCUCUCGGCAGAGUGCCCCAACCUCACCGACAGCCUGCUGGAGAAGGUGGGCUCCAUCCAAGUGGAGUCAGGACCGUGGUUAGCGUUUGUGUGCAGGGCCUUCCGUGGGGAACAGUUUGUCCUAGAGAAAAGAGACUACCCUUGCUGGGAUGCCUGGUCCAGCAGCCGCCGCCACAAUGACAUUCUCCUGUCCCUCCGGCCUUUGCACAUUGACAUUCCAGACCACAAGCUGUACCUGUUUGAGAGCCCUGCCUUCAGUGGGCGCAAGAUGGAGAUCAUGGAUGAUGAUGUGCCCAGCCUGUGGGCCCAUGGCUUCCAGGAUUGUGUGGCCAGUGCCCAUGCCAUCACUGGGACGUGGGUUGGUUACGAGUUCCCUGGCUACCGAGGGAGCCAGUACAUGUUCGAACGAGGCGAGUACUGCCGCUGGAAUGAGUGGGAUGCCAACCAGCCACAGCUGCAGUCAGUGUGCCUCAUCAGAGACCAGAAGUGGCACAAGUGGGGCUGCUUCCUCAGCAGCUGAGGGACAUGGGUCCCUGGGGGCCUUCGCCUGUCCCUGGGACGGCCAGGGCAAGAAGAGGAGGCCACGGGGCCGGAGCAGGGCUGACCUGUGCACCUUCC